GAUUUAUGUUUACAACUGUAAGAGUUAACUAGCUCCAGAACGGACUAUGCUGUCAGCCCGUGACAAGGAUGUUAAAUCUGAUUCCAGUAGUCGAGGAACCGCGUUUGCAAUGUCAGGACGUCAGUUUUGAAAAUGUAAGACGUCUACACCAGAGAAUAGUCGGUCUCGAUUAUAAGCCAAACAGAUUCAUUUGAACGUGUCUGGCAAGUUCAGAAUGGCAAAUCUACAACAUUCAAGGCUCAUAUUCACAUGUGCUUUCGACAUCCUGCUGGCAGCAAUGAUUUCUGGUCAGAGUUGUUCCCCUUGUAACUGUACCUUCGACCACCACCAGGUAUACGUGAACUGUUCAAACUUGAAUCUUACAAAAGUUCCAAAGGGUUUACCAAUAUCAACCACAGUGCUUUUUCUGAAUGGCAACAACAUAAAGACAAUAGGAUCAAAGGUAUUUUCAACAAUGAGAAAUCUCCAGUAUCUAUAUCUUGAAAGUAACAAUCUCAACAGCCUACAUGAAUUGGCUUUUCAUGGCCUUAACAACCUCGUCAACCUGAGCCUAAAAGACAACGAUCUAAAGCUGGAUUCAAAAACCUAUAAAACAAAUCUGUUCAAACCUCUACAUAAGCUUCAGGUUCUUAACAUACAGUUCAAUCAGUUGACAGCAUGGCCUGGAGAUGACAGUGGACAUGAAGCAUAUCCUGACGCAACCUUUCAGUAUUUAUCAGGACUUACUCAUCUUUACAUCGAUGGUCGUCCAGCAGGCUUUGGACCAGGAUUUGCCAAACUUAUGAAACUUUCUCUUCUCGCCUUCACCCCCUACACCAACUAUUGUAAACUGACCUUGCAAAACUCAACUUUUGUAAAUGUACCCCAUGUGGAAUACCUGUACAUGUCCUACUGUCAAAUCAGAGAAACAGAACCUUCAGCAUUUUCCCCUUUUCAUCGUAUCCAUACAAUUGAUGUUUCAGAAAAUUGGGAUUUAGGAUUUCCUGAAUUUGUUAAAGCAACGUAUGGUCUACGUGAUUCUCCAUUACAAAUUCUGAAAAUGAACCAUAUAACUGAAUUAUCCCAAUCUUGUUAUCGACUGCGGGUAAACGAUUUUGUACAUUUAAAGAAUACCUCAUUGCGUGAACUUGACAUUUCUGGCAAUGGACUCAUUGAUUUUGAAAAAGGAACCAUGUUAAAUUUACCCGUUACUCUAGAGGUGUUGAAUGCCCGAUGGAACAGGUUUUACCAGGGCCCAUACUUGUCUGAAAUGACGCAACUGAAGGCACUCCGAGUUCUAGAUGUCUCACACCAGAAAAUACUACAGCAUGCUGGUGCUCACUCAAGUCAAGGGAGAGGGUCGUUUCUAUACAAUUUGCCGCCAAACCUUCAAGUGUUGAAAGUAUCAUACUGUUGCCUAAGAAUUACUUUAAUAUCGGGUAAACUGAAGAAAAACGAUUUGAGAACCAUUUCUCUAAAUGGUAUUUUGAUUUCUUCUGUCACAGGUGUUGUUGAUGGUUUUCAAAAGGUUGAACAUUUUGAUUUCUCUGACAACAUAAUGGAAUUGUUCCACUCAAGUUACUUUAAUAUUAACAAUAGCCUGAGACAUCUCAACCUUUCAAAAAACUUUCUUGGAAAUGCGAUAGAUGCUGACGAAAAGGGUGAUGCUUUUAGUUACAUUGUGAACUUGACAGAUCUGGAUAUAUCUCAAAACAGAAUAAGUUACUUACCAGAGGCUAUCUUUAGAAAUUUAACAAAUAUACAAUUUCUCAGAAUUAAUAAUAACAGUAUUAGAACAAUUAAUGCUCAACUCAAACACUUGUCACACCUAAAAUUAUUUGAUGUACGUCAUAACCAUCUUCUCGAAAUGUCUGUCAAGACUCUACAACAACUGGACAAACUGUCACAUGUUUCAGUCCGCCUGAGAGGAAACCCUCUAAAUUGCAUAUGCUCAUCCCUUGAAUCUCUCCGAUGGAUGAAAAGAGUCGCUGAUAAAGUUGAAGAUCUGGAUUCACUGACGUGUCUUACUAAAAAUGGAAUGGUCAACAGCUUUAGAAAUCUAGAUUCUAUAAUAACAAGUUUGGAAAAAGAAUGCAGUUCAAGUGUUCUAACUUCUGUUCUAACAGUGUCCAGUCUCUUUAUAACAAUGGUCGGUAUAGGAUUAGGGGCAGGGUAUCGACAUAGGUGGAAAUUGAAAUACCUGUACUUUGUCGGGAGAAGAAAGUAUCGGGAACUGGAGACUACUGACCAAGAUGGCCAAGUGUAUGAGUAUGAUGCUUUUGUGUCAUAUGCAGACACAGACAGAUGCUUAGUUAUCGAGAGUAUGAUAUCGGAACUGGAAGACAAAGGUGGACUUCGAUUGUGCAUCCACCAUCGGGACUUUCUUCCAGGGGAAGUCAUUGCUUCCAACAUCGUCAACGCGAUCCAGAAUAGUCGCAAGACCUUGAUUGUUUUGUCUCCUUCUUUCCUGAAGAGUCACUGGUGUGAUUUUGAGUACAACAUGGCCCAAAUGGAGGGAAUUACAAGAAGACAGAACAUCGUUCUGGUGGUGCUGUAUCAGCAUGUUGACAUGAAGCAUCUACCCAAGGACAUGGCAGUGAUGUUGUCCAACAACUGUUACUUGGAGUACAACACGGACGUGUAUGGUAGUGUUGUAUUCUGGGACAGGCUACGUGAAUCUAUUACCACAGUCAACAGAAUGGAAUGACACACCAUUGAGGAUACAACUCUUUAAUUGUAUAUAGAUGUAAGCAUUACCGUAUAUCCUAUUCCAUGGUAACAGAUGCAGCAUGUGUCCCAGGGUAGUAUUUAUAGUCUUAGACACACCUGUGUUGCCAUACUUCACUCUCUGAAUAGUGACACAAAAAUGUCAAGAGCACUGUGUUAUAAUUUUCAGCUUAUGACCAAAAUAUAAAAAAAUGAUAUUGUAACCACUGGUCGUAAAAUCAUUGGUUCCAAAGACUUAGUAAUCCGUACUUUACGAGCAGCAAAUUAGUAAAAAGGUAAAGAAAGACUCAAACCACAGUUCCCAUUUCUGCUCCUAAUUUUUAAGCUAUGCCUGUUUGGAACAAACAUUCAUUCAUCCCAGUCCAUCAGAGCUUUUAACAGUAGCUAAUACAUUUUGGUAACAUGUCUGUCUCAGCCUAUAAUUAUUGUUUCCUUGUUGACAACGAUACUUGUUACCUUUUUAGUGCUGUUGUUUUACUGCAUACUUAAUCUUAUCUUGCCAAUCCUUUAUCCCAGCUAUUAUCAGAAGUCUUACUAUUAAUUUAGUUUGUUGGACUUUUGUGUUUUACUCUAUUACUAAUACAUAUUCCUUUGACAAUAGUGUCUAUUACGCUUUUGUGCUAUAAUUCAUACUGUAUUCUCACCAUGAUCUACUGAGGUUUUCACUGCAAGAUUAUAAAUGUGACUUAUUUUUGUGACCACGAUUUCUAUUGCAGUGUUAGUGCUGCACCUUACAUUCUUAACUUCUCUCAUAAAUGUCGUGUAUUGUAUGAUUAUGUAUUUGUAAGCAUUAUUUUAUGUGUUCAUUCACGGUGUAGCCAUAAUUUCCCUUUGGAAAAUAAAAUAUUAUCUCAUCUGA